CACACCGACGCGAAACACACACGACGCGGGGCACAGCGAGCGCACAGUUCUGCACGAAAUUUUCAGACCGUGUAGGCGGCGGCGGCGGUGGGCCGGACCUAGGGCGACGAGUCGACGACGGCGGUGGCGGCGGCGACCCAGAGAGGAAUUUCAUUCGGGUGUUAUAUCGGGGGCGAAGGGUUGAGCAGGGCGCCGAGCGGCCGCCUGGCCUGACCAUCCCACGCGAGGAAGCCAGCGCCGGCAGCUCCGCGCGAGGAAGACGACGCCGGCCUUAGAGGCGGAGCGCCCGUCUCGCCGGCGACGACCGCGACCAUGGCAUUCGCGGGCCUGGAGCUGCGGUACCCCAGGGCGCUCGACCCCCGCCCAAGCUGGACGCUGGGCGAUGUCCUCACCGACGCACUCGAAGCCAGCCGCCGCUCCGCGCCGCCCACGCCCCUCAAGCAGCCGCCGGAGUGGGCUAGCGGUGGCAACAUGAGGGAGGAAGACCACUCGGAAGAGGAAGACGAUACCAGUGAUGAGGAUGCCGGGGCUCUUGCGACCACCGGGGCAAGGUUCUCAUGCAAUGAUCUCGAAUCCGGAUUUGAAGAUUCUGGAGAUGAAAUAAAUUGCAGCAGUACACCAUAUCACCUGAUGGAGAAAAGGAGCCUAGAGAAGAGCAUUCUGCUUGAGCUGGAACUUGAGCAUCAUCUGAAAAUUCAAGAGGAAGUUAGAAGUAAGCUAUCUUCAUUGGAGGUAUGCCAUCAAAAUGAAAUCCAGAGAACAAUUUCUGCAUUUGCCCGACUUCAGAAAUAUGCAGAAUCACGAAAAGAGGUAGAUAGAAGGCUGGAUGUCCAGUUCCACAGAAAAAUUGCAGAAGUACUUGAUAAACACUUGUCUUUGGUACAAAGGGAUCAUGAACAGAAAUCCCAGAUUGUGGAACGUAGAAUAAGAGAUGAUGCAGCUGUUGAAGAAGCUAAAAAAAAGGAUCAAUCUAUGAAGGAAGAAAAAGUAAAUCAGGAAAGGACUAGAAAAGAAGCAGAGAACAGUGUUUUGCAUGCAACAACGGUGAACAGCAUUGGAGUCAAAUCAGAAUUACCAGGAAUCAAAGUUUUUGCUGAUAGUAUCGCAUUAGAAGCGGAAUCGCGGAGGCGCGCAUUACAUGAUCAAGUGCCUUCAAAUAUUUACCUAAGCAAGGAGUAUAGCCAAUAUGGCCGACAAAUUGGGAAGUCAAUUGGUAAACUUACACCAACUACUGACAGUGUCAAAGCCAGGGCUAGUGAGCUUAUUAAAGCUUUAGAUGGACAAGAUUGUCCUCAUCUUAUCGCUUGUCGUUUAUUUGCAGACAAGAUGAUUUCAAUAGUCAAGAGUCGAAAUGCAAAGGACAAAACCUUUGGACCGUUAGCCUUUGCUUGUGGCUAUGUAAUGCUACUAGUCACUAAUCAGGUACCAGAUGCAAUGGAUUAUCUUCUAGCCGAGUUCCACAAAGUUUGCAUGUACACAGUUCCAAAGCAUCUGCAUGCUUUAAAUGCACAAGCACGAAACUCGGAUUACUACAGGCUUAUUGGCUACCAGGAAGAAGAUGAAAAAUCUCAGAGCACUGAGUCGUAUUUGGUAAAUGUUGUUGCGUACGUCAAACUGUAUGCUGCCAUGAUUCAGACAGAGAUCAAGGGUAUGCCGCAUCCACAUGGCUUAGCCGAGGGAUGGAAAUGGCUCGCGAUGUUCCUCAAUACUCUCCCAGCCAUCACAGCCACUGCUUUUGCCCUUCAUGCUUUCCUCAAGAUGGCCGGUUUCGCACUAUACAAGAAAUAUGGAUCGCAGUUCAUGAAGAUCCUAGAUGUAAUAUCGCAUCGCUUCAUACCAGCUCUGAAAGAACAAGGCGUAAAGGUCCAGGCAGAGGCUAUCAGCAGCCUGCAGAAUUAUCUGGACGACAAGGUUUAUCUGGAGGAGCCGGAAGGGCGGUACCUCGCCCAGCACCUGCUGUCGCAAGUGUUCAUUGAAGAUGAUCAACACCGGACGGCUACCAGCGGGCGCGCUCCGGUUUCAUGGAGGGAGUAAGCUGACGUAUGGAGAAGCCCCAAAAUAGUCUGAAGAUCAUCUUAGGUGGUAAAUUAGGAUGUAGAAGUGCCACUUGGUAGAGGUCACCCGAUUUGCUGUAGUGUACGUCUGCACGUACUCCGAGGCAGAGGCAUAUCUUUGCAUAUAUCAGAUUCAUGUCAACAUUCUUCUGAAUGUAAUUCAUCCGCGUUGACCAAAAUCAAGGUGUUGUCAA